GAGUCUCCUCUGCGCGUCUAUAAAAAUGCGGGGGCGUGUGGGCGGGCGGAGAGCCACGCGGACUGCUGCUGCUGCUGCCCACGAAGCCGCAGCGAGUCGAGAGCGGCGACGAUGACGGCCAGACUUUACAGCGGGAGCGCCGCCGCAUCUCACUCGCGCAGGGGCCGCGAGACGGAACGCGCCGAACGCGCUCGCCCCUCGCCCCAAAGCGCCGCGUUCAGCAGCUCCCACUGGUGGAGACCCUGGGAGGCCAGGGACAUCGCUCAGCAGCAUGAAGACGCGCUGCGCGCUGGAGAUUCCCAGAGCCAGUCCGCGCUGCCGGCUAAAGCAGCAAAACUCUGUUCUGGAUUCCAACACCCAGUGAAGAUCAUGUGGCCAAAGUCGAAGACGUUCGACUACCUCUACCGAAGUGGCCAGAGCCUCCUGGCGAACUUCCCCGUGCAGGCCACGUUGUCCUUCUACGACUCUAAGAGCGACGAUGACGACGACGACGAGGAUGACGACGACGAGAACGAAGAUGAUGCUUACGCCCGUCGGGGAGAUCCGCGUGACGAUUCUGACGACGCCGACGACGGCGCCGGGAGCGGUGGCGUUCGUAGUCGCAGUGCCAAUUGUGAAUUCGGAGCGAGUUCUAACCAAGGAUCGACUAACAUUCAACAACCCGGACGACAACAACAGCAACAAUAACAGCGGCGAUCGUUUUUAACGAGCUCGACCUCGAGCUACUUUUUUGAGGUCCGUCCUCGGUCAGGAUAUAACUCGAUCGAUUCCACGAGCGCACACCGCCAGCCUGGGCCGAUGCGCUGCUGGAAGAACGUCUCCCCGCCACCGCCCAAGGCGCCGUCUCGCCGUCCUGCGAGUGCGCCGAGCUGAGUUCAUCGCCCCGUCUCGUCGUCGUCGUCGAUGCGGUGCGGGGAACCCGCCGUGGCGGGCUCGCUCCGCUCCGCUGCCGGGCUUUGCUUCCCGCCGGGCGACGUUCACCCGGCGGCCGAUUGGCGCUGAGACACCGAAGAGGGCGCGGAGGAGAGCACGCGGGGCGGGAGAGGGUGGCCCGGACGGUCGUGCGGAUGUGGGACAAACGCUGCGUGUGGGUGUGCUGUGUGGGUGUACUGUGUGGGUGUGUACUGUGUGUGUACUGUGUGUACUGUGGGUGUGUGUGUACUGUGUGUGGGUACACUGUGUGUGUGGUGUGUACUGUGUGUGCGUGCACUGUGUAUGUGUGUACUGUGUGUGUGUACUGUGUGUGUGGGUGUGUACUGUGUGUGUGUACUGUGUGUGUGUGUACUGUGUGUGUGUACUGUGUGUGUGUACUGUGUGUGGGUGUGUACUGUUUUCGCUCCACGGCAAGCAGCUGUCUCACACAGAGAUACACACACGCAGAUAUACACACACACACAGAGAUCCAUAGAGAGGUACAACAUUGUGUGUGUGUGUAUUUGCACGCUACUCGGCAGGCAGCUGUCUCUCACACAUAGAGGUACAUACACAGGGAUACAUAGAGAGAUACACAUGAAUACACACAGAGAUACACCACAUUGUGUGUGUGUGUGUACCGUGUGUGUGUACUGUGUGUGUGUGUGCGUUGGGUGACUGCUGUGGGUCUGGAUGCUUCGCAAUUCCGCUUUGUGAUCCCUUUUUACUUUGGAUGCAUCUACUGACCACAAGUGCAUCGAGCGAGGCAAGCCUGUGUGCAACCAGGACUACAUCUGCCACUCAGCUUUGCGGUAGUGAUUAUGGGCAGCGUAAGGCACUGCCACUAGACUACGCGGCAUCACCCCACAACAACACGAGUCCAGAACGGCACCAUCGGGGUAACGAAGCGCCGAUCAUGAUGACUUUCAAGCGUAAGUUGAAUUACGUGGAAUCGUUAUGUGCCGGAGGCGUUGUUCCACAGGCGGCCCUGGGAUUUGAUUGAUUGGCUAUUCGAUUGUAAUCUGCAAUGCCGCACACAGCAGCGUGUGUACAUAUGAGAGAGAGUGCGUGUGUGUGUUGUGUGUAUAUUUUGUAGGUAGAGUUCAGUGUUGUUAAAUAGCGUUAGCGUCUUUUGGUGUUUUGUUUUUGCACUCUUGUAAAUAUAAAUCUUUUGUUUAUUUAAAAUGCAAUAAAAAAAAUCUGGUGA